GAGGACAAGGGGGUUGGCCUCGAGGAAUCCGUGUUUCAGCCGCGGCUCUCGGGAGACCAUCUCAAGUUAUCCUGUCAUCUGGUAUGAAUUCAUGUGAAAUAGAAACAGAAAGUUCUGGAAAUGUUCAGCAGGACUGGCGUUUUCUGUGACCAGCAAUCACAAAUUCUCGACUUCAAUGUGAAUGAACCAUGACUUCACCAGCUAUUGCCUCACUAAAGUGGGGCGAAAUGAAGGUUGAGGGCAGUGACACUCUAUUCAAAGAUUGUAAAGUCUGGCCCGGAGGAAAGCGAGCAUGGGACUGGAGAGAGACAGGAACUCGUCAUACACCUGGAGUUCAACCAGCUGAUGUUAAUGAAAUUGUUAACAAAGGUAUUCAGACUUCAAUAAUUGGACGGGGAAUGGAUGAAGCAUUGCAAGUGCCUGAAACGACUCUGUCCUUCAUCAGAAGUAAGGGUAUUGAUGCUGUGGUUCUCCAAACAGAGAAAGCCGUGCAGCAGUACAACAAACUAGUGAAAGAAGGGGUUGCCGUUGGAGGAAUCUUCCAUUCAACCUGCUGAAGCAUCCAAGGACCACAGGAGAAUAAGUUGUUCUGUUUUGAUGGCAGUUUUAGCAUUCUGUUAUGAUAUAUUUCACACAAAAUACAAAGGUAAAUUAACUCAAAGCUUGUGUUCUGAAAAGUAGAGCAGAUUUUGAAAACCAUUUAAAGAAUUAACACAAUUCAGUGGCCUACAUUUUCUACUAAAAUGAUUAUUUGGACUACAAUGAGCUAAUGCUCGCAUUUCUACCCUGUUUCAAUGGAUAAUAAAUGUUCUUUGUUAUUUUUAACUAAAGUUUAUGUUGAACUCCGUUAUGUAUCAGCUGUUAUCUUGGUUGUCACAUGCAUUGGCUUAAUAAUAGGUUCAUAGCACUGAAUGAGUAUUAUUUAUCAUUUAUGUAGGUAGCUCAGAAUCAUGUGUACUGGAUAUUUAUAUCUAUGACUAGAACUGACUCUGGGCAAUUAAAUUAAUGAUAAGACCUAAAUAAUUUUCCUGCAAACUGCUGAUAAUGUGAAAAUCAAUGGAUCUAACCACAUUUUAACUGUCACCAGUGGCAAGUGCCAGCUGUAACAACGACAACUUCUUUGGCACAGCUGUAUUAAGUUUGUUAGAGUUUCAGGAUGACAAAAACCCCUUGAACAAUAACCAUAACAGAAAUGGAACAUCACCUAACACUUCCCUUAAGAACCACAUUUCACAGUCACACAUAUACUUUAUUGCAAGUUUCUCACAGAAUCACGGGAUGGUUGUAGCACUAAAGGAGAUCACUUGGGCUGUUGAAUACAUGCAAUCUUUUUGACUAGCUACAACAAUGCCUUCCCAAAUAUUACAGCUUGAAGGAUUCUGAGGUUCAUGCAACAUUGUACCUUGUACAGCAUCAGUGCGCUCCAUGCCUGCAUUUGUUGUUUUAACAUUUCCACAAUAAAAUCAUUGAAACAGGACAUCUUACAUGAGCUGCUGGGUGAUCUUUAUUAUAAAUACUUGUUUAAAUUAAUUUCUCAAUUACAUAAAUACAUGUAUGGUGCUGCAUUUAAAAGUUAUAGGGAAAUUUAAUAGUCUAAUUAAUAGACCAAAGCUGAAAAAAACUCUAAAGAAUCCAUUAGUGUAGGACAAAUCAGUGUAUUCUAAAAAUGUUUGAUGACCUAUAACUUGAAGAGAAUAACAUAAAGGGAAUAUUCAAAUAAAUUUUAGCUUCAAGUUGCUUUGUCAUUGCCUGACCAAGCCUGGUGUAGUUGAGGUAAUGCCAUGACCUAAAUCAUUUUCUGACCAGCCACUUGUAAUUUGGAAAGCAAUGAAUCAACUACAAUUUAAGUGUUCCCAUCAGUAGCACCAGCUGUAGCCAUGACAACUUACUUGCUACAACUGCCCAUAAGGAUUCUGUAACAUCAGGAACACAGAAAACCUUUACACAGCUGCUGAAUAUAAUAUUCCAGCCGGGAAAUAUCAUUCUGCUUUUUCUGGGUGUGAUUUGUAAAUUUGCUGCCAUUUUUUAAAAAAAGCAAAGUUGAGAAAUCUUCUCCUUUUCCAAACGAGUAAAAAUUGAAACGUUUCCUGUGGGUUGUAGGCAGGACACUUGCGGGUCUGACUGCCAUGAUUCAUUUGCUCUUGAACGAAUGCUUCUUAUUUUGCAAACAGUGCAGCACUAAUCUGGCUGAAGGUGACCCUGUAAACUGGAGAUACUUCUCAAAAUUUGAAAGCUUCAAUCAGCUAACUACAAUACUAUGAACAUAGGUUUAGGAACAGGAUUAGUCAGUCAAACCUGCUGUGCCAUUCAAUAGAAUCAUGUCUGAUCUACAGUUUUAACUUCAUUUCCUUGUCUGCAACCCAUAUCCUUUGUUCCCCUCACCAAAAUGACUAUCUCAGCCUUAAAUAUCUUAGUAGUGGAGCCCUUGAGGCAAAACAUUUCAAUGAUUCAUAACUGUCUGAAGAUAUGUCUCCUCAGCUCAGAACUCAAGAGUUACCUUAAGUUAUCCUAUCCUCCUUGUCCUGAGAUGCGUCAAUCAGCCAAUGGAAGCAAUCUCUUGGUGGCUACCCUGUCAAACCUUCUCAAAAACUGAUGGUUUAAUGCAAUUGCCUUAAUGUGUUUCAACUCCUCUAUUCCGGUUUACCUGGUGAAGAUUUACUAAAAAAAUUAAAUUGCCGCACAGGUUAAAAAUAAAAAUACCUCUUUGCAAUCUAUUACCAUGGCAAUGUCGUACUCCUUCCCUUUAUUACAGGGAAUCACACAGAUUAAAAGUUAUGGACAAUUUGUUUCAACAACCCAGAAAGAGGCCAUUCACGGUUUAGUGUUCUUUUGUCCCCAACCUAAAUAAGAACCUUUCAAUUUCAGUUACUUUAAUUCUGAAGGGUGGUUAGUACUGCUGUCUCUCAGUGCCAGGGACUUCGGUUCAGUUCCAGCCUCGGGCAACUGUCUGUGUGGAGUUUGCACACUCUCCCCAUGUCUGCAUGGGUUUCCUCCAGGUACUCCAGUUUCUGCCCACAGCUGAAAGGUGGAUUGGCCAUGCUGAAUUGCCCAUUGUGUUGAGGGAUAGGCAGGCUGGUUGGAUUGGCCACGGAAAAUGCAGGGUUACAUAGAUAGGGUGGAUCUAGGUGAGAUGCAGUUCAGAGGGAGAGUGUGUACACAAUGGGUGAAUGGCCUGCUUCCACACUGUCAGGAUUUUAUUCUAUGAGCACCAGGCCCCCAAACCAUGACCCAUAAGCAUAAUUAUCAAAUAUCAAUCCAAACGUUACUCAUUUUAAAAAUUAUGUAUUUUGAUAUUUCCACAAUACUCUGCAAAUUUUGACCUUAGUAGUAGCUUAGCCCAGGUGGUAGUGUUCUUGCCUCUGAAUCAGAAUUUUAAGACUUUCAUUCCCAUUAUGGAUUUGCACAAAUAGUUAGUGUGGUAGCUCAACUCACCAUCGAAUGAGUUUGCCAUAAGCUGUUUUCUUUCUGAUUUAUGUUAAUGUAAAAUAUUACAUCAGAAAUUUCUAUCUUUGACUUAACAAAUAUUCUUCUCUCUUGCAACAAUUUGCUGCAAAUAAAUUUCCUGGUUGUUUAUUUGUUGCUGGUUAUAAGCCCUUUGCUGUGUACAAGUUCUCUACUUUGUUUACCUACCUAACAAAUGUGAUUGUAUUCAUGCACAUUUUGUAUGGUAAACUGCAAUGGGACGCCUUUAGGAUCUGAUGAGCACUUUCUGUUUGAUGUUCUUCUUAAAACCAGGAUAAUCUCUUUCCCAAACCCAAGCAGAGAAAACCGAACUGAAAACUAUGAAGUAGGCAAAUCAAAUUGCAAGAUUCUGUUUUUAUUCCUGAGCCAUUAGUGUGAAGCAGUACAGUGCAGGAAGAACAUCUCCCACUUGGACUUCUGUGAAUGCAUGUGUAAGUGUCACGCAGGAGCAUAACUGUAAAUUGCCAGUAAGAAAACACAAAUAAAUUUAAAAAUUUGUAAAAGCUUACUGAUGAUGAAAGACAUUUAGCCCAUCUUAAGUUCAUGCAAUAAAGAAUGAGGCCAACAGCUCAUUGAUUCCAUUUUACCUCUCUGAUAGACCUGUCAGUUCUGACCACUUCCUUGCACUUUCCUCAUCACCAAAUCAUUUUUUCCCCUUCAGGUAUUGUGAAGUUCAGAACUGAAUCUUGUCCCACAAUGUUUGCAGGUUGGCAUUGUUACAAAAAUGUGAAAAAAGGAGUUAAAAUGCUCACCUGUCUCUGUCACUUUUAUUAAUUGUCACCUUGUACCAAUCCACCUGCCAUUGGAAACACUUUCUCCCUAUUCAUAAGCAGAAUUUUUCUUGAUUUUUGAACAUCUCUAUUUAGUCUCCUCAAUCGUUGGUUCUGGGGAGCAAUCCCAGCUUCUCUAAUCUCUUCAUGCAACUGAGGAUCCUGAUUUCUGGUCCAAUUCUAUAAAAUUUCCACUUCACCUUUGCAAGGCAUUGACAUUCUGUGUAAACUAUGGAGCUGCAAAUUGGGCACAGUGCUACAACUAAGGCCUAAUGAGUUAUUUAAAGGCAUUUAUCAAUUUUUUUUACCCUUGUUGAAAUAAUAAAAUACCUGUAUACUUUAACAGCUAUAUUUUCUUUGCUGCUGUCAAAGAUUUCACUCUGUAAACCUACAUUUAUGUCUAAUCUUGCAAUCCCUUUAAAAUUAUACUGUUUUGUUCAUAUUUUCACUCCUCAUUCUUCCCUCCAAAAUUCAGCAUUUUCACUUCUCCAUGCUAAAUUUUGUUUGCCAUGUCCUCAUUUUACCAAACUGAGCAUAUCUUGAAGGUCCAUCAGUCACUCUAAACUCAUGCUGUUUCUUCAGGAAAUAACUCAAUCAAAUUUAUCAAGCACACUUUUAAUAAAUCCUUGCUUUCAUUGAUUAUAUUAUUCAAAAAGAGUAGUUAUUUAAUUUCAAUUAUUGUCGCCAUAGAGUCAUAGAGAUGUAUAGCAUGGAAGCAGACCCUUCGGCCUGAUUCAUCCAUGCCGACCGAAUAUCCUAAAUCAAUCUAGUCACAUUUGUCAGCAUUUGGCCCAUAUCCUUCUAAAUUCUUCCUAUUCAUACAUCCAUCCAGAUAUCUUUUAACUGUGGUAAUUGUACCAGCCUCUACCACCUCCUCUAGCAGCUCAUUACGUACAUGUGCCACCCUCUAUGUGAAAAAGUUGCCCCUAAGGUUGUUUUGAAAUCUUUGCCCUCUCACCUUGAACCUGUGCCUUCUAGUUUUGGACUCCCUUACCCUGAGGAAAAGACCUUGACUAUUUACUCAAUACAUGCCUUUCAUGAUUUUACAGACUUCUGUAAAGCUCACACCUCAACCUCUGAUGCUCAAGAGAAAAUAGCCCCAGUCUACUCAGCCUCUUACAAUAACUCAAACAAUCCAACCCUGGCAACAUCCUCGCAUGUCAUCUAAAAUCUUUCAAGUUUAAUAACAUCUUUCCCAUAGCUGGGAGAAAAUAAUUGAAUGCAGUGUUCCAAAAGCAGUCUAACCAAUCCCCAGUAUAGCCAUGACCUCUGAACUCCUCUACUCAAUGAACUGAUCAAGAAAGGCAAGCGUAUCAAAUGAAUUCGUCGCCAGCCUCUCUACCUGUGAGUCCCUUUUCACAGCAUCCCAAGGUCUCUUACUCCCCAGGACCUUACUGUGAAGUUUACAAGUCCUACCCUGAUUUGCCUUCCAAAAUGCAGUGUCUCACAUUUAACUAAAUUAAAAUGCAUCUGCCGCCCUUGAUCCAUUAGCCAAUCUGAUCAAGGUUCUAUUGUACUCUGUGGUAACCUUCUUCACUGUCCAUUACACCAUCAAUUUUGGUGUCAUCUGCCAACUUCCUAUCCAUACCUCCCACGUUCACAUCCAAAUCUUUUGUAUAGAUGAAGAGCAACAAGGAAGCCAGCAUCAAUCCUUGCCGCACACUGCUGAUCACAAGCCUCCAGUCUGAAAAGCAACUCUCCACCGCCACCCUAUGACUCCUAAUGUUGAGCCAAUUUUGAAUGCAAAUGGCUAGUUCUCCACCUGAUUGUUUCCAUGUGAUCUAACCUUGCUAACCAUUCUACCAUGUAGACACUUGUCAAAUGUCUUACUGUCCACAUAGACAACCCUAACCCUAACCACUCUGCCUCCAUCAAUCUUCUUCGUCACUUCUUCAAUAAACUCAAUCAAGCUAGUGAGACAUGAUUUUCCAUGCAAAAAUCCAUGUUGACUAUCCCUAAUCAGUCUUUGCCUCUUCAAAUGUGUUCCCUUUGCUGGCAUUGUGCUGACUGAUCUAUAAUAAAUUUAUCUCUUGCCUCUUUUUGAACUUUGAUCCAGCCCAAAGCACCUCCACUUUGCAGCAUCAAAUAAUUUCUGUCAUCAAUCUUGGGUUUUGCUUUCCAUACUGAGUGGAAGUUUGGAUUUAUUCAUUCUACCACAAUGCAUUGAAAGAUAGUGAUGUGGAUUAACCCUUUAGCAUAUAAUUUAUUACCCUACAUUCCUCUAAAAUUUUAGAAGAAGGGUCUCCAGAAUUUAGAUUCCUGACCCUACCUUUUGCCACUUCUCUAUAUUACUUUCCAUGCCGAAGCCUUUCCUCAAUUUCCGUCUAAUCCUAUGUGACAUUUUACACUUGUAGAAAACUAUUUGACAUGUUAAAAAUAUAUUGUCAUUACACAAAAGAAAGGUACUUAGGCAAUGUACCCUUUCCUUUUCAAUGCUUCUCUGAUCCCUUGAAUGCACUUUGUCAUGUUGAGGUACAGUUCCAGUGGUUUCAUCUGUCCUCAGGUGACUGUUCUUCAUGUAGAAAAUUGGAAAAUGAGUGUUGGUAAGAUAUUCAACAGUGAAGAGGACUAACAUAGCACAGCCCAAUUUUUUCCACACAACAUGUGUACUUUCCCAAGUCCAGCUUAACUAAUUGGACAACAAUCAGGAAUGAGAGCCUUGUUAAUAUUUCCCUAGACAUGGAAGCCUAUUAUAAUACCCUCAUGGUUAUUAGCUGAAAUCAGCGAUCUGAGUACAGUCCAAGAAUUAAAUAGUCAUAGUUAUCCAUGGACAAAACUAUAAUUCUUUAUGCAUCAGCCUCACAUCUUUACACUUGCACAUCAAUGAAUGUUUUGCUCCAGUGGGAAAGCCUUAAAAAUACAGAAUCGCAAGAUAAAUGCUGUUCAUUAUUUUAUUGGAGAACAUUACAACAUUCAAACCAGGAAAUACUGUGGUAAUUUAUAAAAAUAUACAUUUGCCCUAGAAUGAAAAACUAUUUACAUGAAUAUGUGCUGCGUUAUCCAGGAUACAGUGCCAUUUCUCUUAUACUAUGCAUUGAAAUGUGAGCAUGCAUUGUGUAUGACAGUUUAAAAUUAGUUCCUCAUAGACUUUUAAAAAAAAAUCUUACUGAAGUAUUUAGAGCGAAAGAAAUUUCACACAAGUAAUCAAAAAGGCAACAAAGUACCACAGAGUGCAAUAGUUACUGAGCUUUCUUUAUCCCUUUGAGUGUUUCUCAAUGAUUUUAUUUCAAUCAGGCAAUUAAAUCUCCAUUUAUUCUAUUUUAGACUUUCUCUUUCUAACAUAUGACUAUUGUUCCAGACUGACUUUCAGUUUUCUGCAGCAAGAAAUACUUUUUCGUACCUUGAACAAACAAAACCUUUAUAUAUAGUACCUAUUGUGUGUUAAAUACAAAGGGUUCACCUUAAAUGAAAUGCUUCCCACUAGAGUCAGAUGCAAAUUACUAUUACAGUGCUUAGUUAACAUGUAGUUUUAAAUACUAUCAAAAAGAACAACAGAAAAGCAUACACCCGUGAACAAACAAAUGCUGGCACUUUAUUUACCAAAAAGUGUCUGUCCAUUGUAAUAUACUCUUUUUGUGUCAUUUGUUUCUAACUACAACAGCUUGCAAUUAAUUAGAGUACUGGGUGCCUUAAAGAAAGCUGGCAUCAAUCACCCUACUAUCUUUACUACAAUUUUUUGUUAGAAUUUUAUUUAAUCACAUUAGUGAGUCUCUAGGUGUUGUAGUUAGAAGCUUUGGACUAUCUAGUUAGUUGCUGAUCGUACAUGCAUUUCAUUAUCUUCCCUCAGUAUGUAAAUUUGUCAAUGUAAAGCUGUCAAAGACAGCUGGUGAGAGGAAAUGGCAGUUAUGGAAUCUGGCAGUACAAUCUAUGUGAACAAAAAAAGAACAAAACAUAAAAUAUACAAAAUAAACUUGCCCUACAUUUAAAAAUUGUGAAUCAUUGUUCCUCAAAUGAUUUUUUUGAUGUGGUAUAAACAGAGGACUGUAACCUUGAAAUGUUUUAAUCUAUGUGCACGCAAUGAGAAAGGAAAAAAUAUCUAAAUUCAGAGCAGAUCUAUCAACUACUGAAAAAAACACAUAGGUUUGUAUGUUGGGUGAAGAUGCUCUGUCAGUCUGGUUCUACUCUUAUCUGGUACCAUUUAGCCUGCUAUGCAUUACGUACCUAUCUGUUUUGAUUUCAAAUUUCCAGUAUUGUUCUGUUUUGGUGCUUUGUAAUUAUCGUAAUGUUCAAUAUUAAAGCAGUUCAUAGUUGAACAUUA